AUGAAGCGUUCACUAAUGAUACAUUUAGUAGAAAAAAAAUGCAGCAAAACUAAAACACUCGAAAAUUUCGAAGAUGAUAUUGAGAGCUUCACACCUAUACCUUUACCAUCAGUUUCUUUUUCAUCAGCCUAUCAAGAAACUGAAAGCGAGUUUGAUAGUUUUCCUUUAAAUUCAGAUUACACUGAUACAUCGCUAUGUAGUCCGACAAAUGUAAAGACAAAGAAACAAAAAAAGAAAGAUAAGGGCAGAUUACGAGAAAGAUACCAAAGGAGGUGGCUAGAUGAGAAACGAAAAUACAACUUAAACAGAAGCUUAGAAUAUAUAAGUAGGACUGGAAAAAUAACUAAACAGAAAGAAAUGAAAGCUCCUUGUAAAUAUCCUAGAAAAUAUGCUGAAAAUGGAAGAAAUGGCAAGACCGAGGGUGACAGUAUUCACUCCGUAAUAGAAAAGAAAACCAGAAGUGUUUUGAUUUAUACUCCAGAUCAA